GUGUGGACGCCCAUAUCUGUGGCAUCUUCGCCUGGGGCGCGUGCAGCUCCCGAUCAGUUGGCGCCUGAGCAGCCAGAUGGGAGUCUUGGGGUGUCGCAGAAGCUCGGCCGCGUUGGCGGGGAUGUUUGUGAGCCUUGUCGUCUUGGCGUCUUCUUCCUCUUCCAGUGCCUUGGCGUCUUCUUCGUGGACUACGUGGACGGGUGUCUUGGCGUCUUAUACCUCUUCCAGUGCCUUGGCGUCUUCUUCGUGGACUACGUGGGCGGGUGUCUUGGCGUCUUCUACCUCUUCCAGUGCCUUGGCCGCCUUGGCGUCUUCUUCGUGGACUACGUGGACGGGUGUCUUGGCGUCGUCUACCUCUUCCAGUGCCUUGGCGUCUUCUUCGUGGACUACGUGGUGUCUUGGGUCUUCUACCUCUUCCAGUGCCUUGGCGUCUUCUUCUACCUCUUCCAGUGCCUUGGCGUCUUCUUCGUGGACUACGUGGACGGGUGUCUUGGCGUCUUCUACCUCUUCCAGUGCCUUGGCGUCUUCUUCGUGGACUACGUGGGCGGGUGUCUUGGCGUCUUCUACCUCUUCCAGUGCCUUGGCGUCUUCUUCGUGGACUACGUGGACGGGUGUCUUGGCGUCUUCUACCUCUUCCAGUGCCUUGGCGUCUUCUUCGUGGACUACGUGGGCGGGUGUCUUGGCGUCUUCUACCUCUUCCAGCGCCUUGGCGUCUUCUUCGUGGACUACGUGGACAGGUGUCUUGGCGUCUUCUACCUCUUCCAGUGCCUUGGCGUCUUCUUCGUGGACUACGUGGGCGGGUGUCUUGGCGUCUUCUACCUCUUCCAGUGCCUUGGCGUCUUCUUCGUGGACUACGUGGACGGGUGUCUUGGCGUCUUCUACCUCUUCCAGUGCCUUGGCGUCUUCUUCGUGGGGG